UGGAAGUUCUAUUUCACCACUUGCAAGCCACAAAACUUUUUGACCGGCUGUAGUUCUUUAUUUCUUUUUUCAUUAUACGGUUCUAUAACUCCUCCUUACCUUGUUAUACUUCAAGACUGAAGUGAAUUGUUUACUUUGCUUUUUGUGGAAUAAUGCCUUUCUUAUACAAAUGACCCUGUUUCUCCACCAAAUUUAACUACAUUUUAUUUUGUUGAAAGCAUUAAUUAUUAAUGAUCGAUAACUAUUCAUCGACAUGGCGGAUAGCGCAAGUGAGAGUGAUAGUAGUUCUGUUGAUGGACUUACUAUUCCUGUAUCUCUAACGAAGGAACAGUUUCAGAAACGCAUAGAGUCCUUGCAGCAAGAAAAUAAAGUUCUAAAACUUGAAGUAGAGACCUAUAAAUUCAGAGUGAAGAGCCUACAAGAAGAAAAUAAAUAUUUGAGACAAGUUAGCGUAAACAUUCAAGCAAAGGCAGAACAGGAGGAAGAAUUUAUCAGCAAUACUCUGUUAAAAAAAAUCCAAGCUUUGAAGAAAGAGCAGGAAGCUUUAGCCAUUAAUUAUGAGCAAGAAGAGGAGUGUUUGACAAAUGAUUUGUUCCGUAAACUUUCUCAGCUUCGACAGGAGAAAGUUCAUUUAGAAGAAACUCUUGAACAUGAACAAGAAGCUCUUGUAAAUAAAUUGAUGAGAAAGAUAGAAAAAUUGGAAGCUGAAACGCAAGCUAAGCAACAUAGCUUGGAGCAACUGCGAAGAGAAAAAGUUGAGUUAGAAAAUACUUUAGAACAAGAACAAGAAGCUCUUGUAAAUAAAUUGUGGAAACGUAUGGACAAACUAGAAGCUGAAAAAAGGAUGCUACAAGAGAAACUUGAGCAACCUGUUUCAGCUCCUCCAUCUCCAAGAGAUAUAAAUAAAGGUGAUACAGCCGCAAAUUUAACUUUACAUGUGCAACAUCUACGAAAUGAAGUGGCAAAACUGAAAAUGCAACUUUUAAAUGCCCAACAAGAGCACUCUGAGAAAAUGGCCCAGUUUGCUUUGGAAGAAAAGAAUGUAAGGGAUGAAAAUAUUCGCCUCACUAGACGUUUGCAGAUGGAAGUAGACAGAAGGGAAGCUUUGUGCCGUCAUCUCUCUGAGAGUGAAUCUAGUCUUGAAAUGGAUGAAGAAAGGCAAUUAAAUGAAUUGUCAACUAGUAGCCACCUGAAUUCCAGAUCAGUGCUGAGUCCUGUUCCACUGUCUCAUUCUUCUUUUACUUCAAAUUCUCACAGUCCUGCCAUGAACAUUUCUGGAAAUAGAGAAACUUUCUCAUUGAAUGCAAAUAAUCGAUGCCAUCACUGUAAUCAAAGCUUGUCUCAAAUUAAUGUUUUACCAAGUCCGUCACCACCUCCUGUAUUUUCUUCUAGUUCCACAAAUACUCAAGGGAUGAAUCGAGUGAAAUCGCCCUCCCAAGAACGUUUUCUGAAGCCAGCUGCUCCUCCUCCACCUUAAUUGUAUUUUUGAAAUUGAUACUAUUUUCUAUUCAUUCCUUUUUUUUAUGCAUUUAUUUGAAAUAUUUAUUGACUGCUAACAAUGUUAAUGGGUGCCUUCUGAUUAAAUCAUCUCUUAUGUAGUUUCCAUAAUGAAAUGCAGAAAAAUCAUAUUUAUUAGCGCCAAAAUAAUAUUUUAUUAGCAUCAAAAAAUAUCUCAACAUGUUUAAAUAAUUUUUUAAUCUUUUUUAUAAGAUUCCUUCAUUUAUAAAUUUGGAUGUUUAAUUUCAUUAUACUUGAUUAAUUAUACAAGUUACAUUUAAUCCUUGGGAGCUUUUGUUCACAUAAAAAAAAAGUUAUGUGUUUUUUUUUUUUUUUUUUACUUGUAGAAUUUAUACUUAGUUAUCCUGGGCAUUCCCCCCCCCCUACUUCCUACAUUUGAAAUUUUUCAAGUUAAGUAAUCUUUUUAUAUGUAUUUUUGAAAUAAAUUUCUUGUAUUUGGAAAG